AGCCUUAACUCCAAAUCAUUUUUUACUACUCAGCUCAAGUGGGGUUGUAGAACCCCCUAGAACGCUGUUGGAGCCUUCGAAGGUAACCCGCACGAACUGGAACAUGGCCAGGCAAUUAGUCGACCAAUUUUGGCGUCGCUGGAUCAACGAAUACCUUCCCACAAUCGCCAAAAGGACAAAAAGGCACAGCGAGGCAGAGAACAUCCAGGUUGACGACUUGGUGCUUAUAGUUAAUGAAGGCCAAAGAAACGGAUGGACAAGAGGACGAGUCUUGACGGUGAUCCCUGGACGAGACGGCCGAAUUCGCCAAGCAGCGAUCCAAACAUCAGCCGGAAUUCUACGUCGACCAGUAUCCAAACUGGCAGUGCUGCAGGUACAACGCGUGAGUAACGCCGAGCCGGAACCGGAAAGGCGUUACGGGUCGGGGGAUGUAAACGGCAUGGGCAGCACUGACGAUAAAACGCAGAACGGUAGCCCCUCGUCAAAAGGCAGCUACAUCUUCAGCCCUGGAGCUGACAAGCCGAGCCAUCGACGAUCGAAUCGGCUCGCGAACGUCAACAAGAAGCAAGACCACUUAAAGUAGAACACGAAGCGACACCUGCAAUUAGAAACCACCCAGACCAGCAUAGCUGAUAGCUUAGGCCUGCUUGAUUAUCGAGCUUAUCGAGAACGCGGAAAGAAGAACCGCACACACGAUAGGGUAAACUAUUAUUUUUUCAAGUACUCGUUGAGGUUAUGCCUAGUAUUCUUACAUACUAAAUUUGAAUUUACUAGUAUAGAUUUCCACACAUUUGCUCCCGACCGGUCCGCCCAAGCACCGUUAGACUGGGACCGUUGAAUCAACGCCAGGUAAUCUAGCGCUUAGUUGAUUCCAAAAAUAUGUUGAAUUUUUACACUUUGUUUUCAUGAUCGCGGACAGGGCACAUCUCGGCUCAUGCCAUCGACCUGCACGAAUAUAGACAAAGGGUACGAGGAAAAACUAGAUGUGAGUGACUAACUAAAGCUAUACUAAAAUGGAUCUAAUAAAUAUGAAUUUUCCAGCUUUGAGCU